UGCAAGUGUUGUCGAUGGGUAUGGCAAAACGACAACCAACACAAACCCACUCCUACCCACCUACCCACUAAUCCACGUGACGGAUGUGCCGUGUUGUUGAUGUAAUGAACAUGUGCGACCGCCUGUGUGCGUUUGUGGUCGGCGUUUCGAACUAAAGGCACAACAAGUGACAUACGACUGCUCUGCGAGAAGCUUGGUUAGAAAGCAACUUCGUUCACACGAGUAAAUGGAGAACUACACGAAAGGCGAAGUGAUUCAGCAUGUAGUGGGGCUCUCCGACCUACCUUUCAAGGACUUACAAGAAAACUGCGUGCACAUGAAAGUUAAUGCCAAUUGCAAGAUAAGAAACAUCCUAGGAUUUGCAAUUACAGCAUUCAAGGACGCAACCAAGAAGCAGAUGGUCUUCUCAGGCUCUGGACAUGGAAUCAACAAAAUGAUCACUUGUGUCGAGAUAAUGAAAAGAAAAUUCAAGAACCUUCAUCAGUUGAACAAGAUCUGCUAUCAAAAGAUAGACGAGAUAUGGGAGCCGAAAACGGAAGACCUGGACAAGCUAAAGGUUGAGAGAGAGAUACCAGCCAUGCACAUCCUUCUCAGCAAAGAACCGCUCGAUACGAACGAGUUUGGGUACCAAGGACCAGGAAGUGCUGGUGUAUCGCGGAGCAACGAGCCUCGGAGGGACAGACAACAGAGGCAGAAACGGCCACGGCAGAACAGGCCAACUGAGCAGAGGCAGAGGAAGAAAAAGGAGCCCCAGACGAACUGACCGUGGUCAAAUUUGUACAUACAAAAUAUGCAGAAGCUGACGAAAGUGUCUUAUGGACUUAAGGGUUGUACAGUGCGAAGUGACAUCACCCUUGUUUGCCUCAUAACGUCACAAAUGUGGUGAGGAAUAAAUCACAUCUUUGCGACACACCA